GGGACCUUUUUUGUAUGAUCCCAUAAAUCUCUGCGGAUCUUCACACUCUAUCUCCAAUGCUCAUCAUUCAACUUCGGCCAUCCCAACUCUCCUCUUUUCUUUUUUUUUUUUUCUUGUCAGUUGUUUAAAAAAAAUAAAAAAAAAAUAAAAACAGAAUCUUCCUCACUGAUUUUAUCACCAAUUUGCUCUUUAAAGCUAUCUUCUGCAAAUUCUCUCUCUAACUUUCUCUACCAAUUUUCUCUUUGAAGCUCUCUCUCUCUCUUAUCCUUUCCUCAUUGCUUGACCAUACUGACCAUUUAUCCAUCAUCUCUCAAUCCCAAUUUACUAUUAUUUCAGAGAACUAAUGGCUACCAUUAAGCUAUCCACAGUCUUAGUCUGUCUUACCUUCACCUUCAUUCUUGCAUCAUUCUUUAUCCAAGGUCUUGCAACUCAUGUACUACUUCAUCAACAGGGGCCUUCUUAUUCAUCCCCAUCACACAUGGAAUUGCAUUUGCAGGGUGGUGGUGCUAGUGAAGAAGGCGGUGGGUGGAGGCAAAAGAACAAUGCAAGAAGAUUGAUGAUAGGAUCUACAGCUCCAAUCUGCACUUACAAUGAAUGCAGAGGGUGCAAGUACAAGUGUAGAGCUGAACAAAUACCAGUAGAUGGUAAUAAUCCCAUCAACAGUGCUUAUCACUAUAGAUGUGUGUGCCACAGGUAAUCAGUUGGAUAGGCUCUUUCUUGAGAUACAAGGCAACUAAAUAUAGAUGAAAUGAGAGGGUUAGCUUCCUUUUUCUCUUUGGAUAACUUGUAGUUUGUUGAACUACUGAAUUGGGUCCCUUGAGAGCUGUAAUUUGCGGUUAGAAUAUGAAUGAGAAAUUUUCUGAAUUUUGGGUCCAUCAA